CUUUCAGUACUUUCCCUCCAGGCCUGGCUCUCUUUUCGCCCGAUUCUCUCUCGAUUUCUUUGAUCGUUCGUUCCUUUCGUUUCCGCUGAAGACCGAACGACCGAUGAUCGAUUGUUCAAGAUAUGGUUCCCUUCCUCUGAUGGCCAAAAGAACAACAAAAGCGGAUAUGAUUGAUUCUUAUUUCAACGAUCUAUGUUAGCUGUACUAUCAAGCGUGUUUGAUGCCCUCGAGAUUGCUAGGAAGCGGGACAUGCUCAUCGUUUGGGUCCGUUUCUUUCUCUUUUCUUCUUUAACAUUUUUUUUCCUUGGAAUUAAAAUCGCUGUGAAAAUACCUAAGAGGUUUCAGCAAUAUCAAGAACGAAAGUAGCUUCUGGUUAUAGAUAUAUGAAGUUUUUCGAAUUGCAAGAGAUUAUUCCCGUUCCUCUCAAAUGCUUGUCAAAUUACUCUGAUGUGAAAAUGGAACUCGAGAGCCCUGUUUGGUAGUUGAGAAAAUAUUUGAUGUAAUGAAAUGUGAAGUGAUAAGAUAUGAAAGUUAAAAAUAGAAAUAACCUAAAAUUUCAACAAUCUUACACAGGAAAUCGAACUAAAUGAGGCGGGAAUUAGAAAAUAUUGUUAUUUGUGAUCUCUUUUAUGUUUUUACCUGAUUGUUGUGCACCUUGGCGCUGCUUAGUACCAAGUCCGUGCGCAAUUUGAAUUUGAUAUUGAUGUUAUUUCUUAGCCCAUUAGCUUAUCACUUAUGUGCAAUUCUUAGUCAUUAGAAACGUUUGUUGCAAGAUACUAUGUUAUUGUUUGUUUUGCUAUACAUAAACAUAUAGAAUGCAACUCCAUUUCUAAAGCUGUUGAAAAUAAAAUGUGCACAAUUUGAUAUUGAUAGAAGAUCCACGAUCCCUGACAUGUUUAAACAACUCAAAUUCUUUGCCUAAUCCGAUUCAUUUCGAGACCUGUUAUCUCUGGUUUCAAUUUUCAGUUCCCAUUUCUUGUGAAAAUGAGUGAAAUUCUUCGCAUCCAACGAGGCCAAUGUGGGGAACCAGAUCGGUGCCAAGUUCUGAAACAAGAGAGUAGAAUAUGGCCUUUCCGGCCAUUGGAUUUUACGGUAACCCCUUCUUUCCAGCCACGGCUCUCCGGUGAACGAUAAUUGUCAACCUGUUUGACCGGCACUAAUGCAGCAGAAGCCCACCGUUUACCUUUUGGACUUUUCCGAGUUGACUCUGAAAUCAAUAUAAUAAUAAUAGAAAAUGUAUGUUUUAAUUGACCGUAAAAACCUACCGGGACAAUCAAAUUCUGUCCAUAAAUACCGAAUCAACCACUAACUAAUUCUCACAUCAAGCUUUAGAUAUUUCUAACAUUUUCAAUAUGGAAAUUCAAUUUUCUUCUUCAUUUGCCUGCUCUCUUCUCAUAAUUCUCGUCUUCCUGGGCUGUUAUUCUGAAGCAACUGCUGGCCGUGGCGGCAUUGGCGGCGGAAUUGCGACCUAUUGGGGCCAGAACAUAAGAGAGGGGCGGCUGACCGCCGCCUGUGCCACGGGGAAGUUUAAAAUCGUCAACAUCGGGUUCCUCUCCACGUUUGGCAACGGUCAGCUGCCGCAAGUAAACCUAACGCGCCACUGCAGUCCCAUCUGCAACGGCUGCUGGAAUGUGAGUGCUGGUAUCGUCAACUGCCAAAACGACGGCGUUAAAGUCAUGCUAUCCGUCGGCGGCCCUCAUGGAAACUACUCCCUCUCCUCUGGCGCCGAGGCUCUAGACCUGGCCGACUACAUAUGGAAUAACUUCCUCCACGGCCACUCCACUUCACUACGGCCAUUCGGUUAUGCACCCUUGGACGGCGUGGAUUUCAGGAUUGAGCGCGGGGAGUUCUCUCCCUACUACACUCUACUUGCUCGGAGGCUACACGACUACGGCCGGCAAUGGGGUCGGAAAGUAUACCUCACGGCGGCUCCAGGAUGCCGUUUUCCCGACAAUUACUUAACCAAAUCGCUUUACACCGGACUUUUCGACUAUGUUUGGAUUAGAUUUUUCAACGACAGGCAAUGCCAGUACCAUUCCGGCGAUCCAUCUGGGUUCCGGAGGUCGUGGAUGCAGUGGAUACAUUCAAUUCCGGCAAGAAAAUUUUACGUGGGAAUUCCGGCGUCUGAAGAAGCCGGCGAUGGGUACGUGACGCCGGCGGUGCUCAUAAGGGACGUGCUGCCAUUUGUUAAAAGAUCCGCUAGCUACGGCGGCGUCAUGCUUUUCGACUUGUCGAAUGAUGUUCAAACGAACUAUAGCUCUUUAAUCAGUCGUAGGGUUUGAAAUCUCAAGAUAUUGUUCUCUUUUAAGUUUGGUUAGAGCAUUAAAAGUUGAUUAAUGAAUAAGUUAAAUUGAUUG